AAAUACGAAAUUAUUUAGUACCGUGUGCAAAAAAAAGUCGCCGGGUUACCUAGCAAAAACUAGUUCAACUUGAGUCCUCCAUAUCCUCUUUAUUACACCUUGACAGUUCUCAGAAACAGCAUCAUGUCACUUCUUGCAAAGUGUGUUUUAGUCAGCGAUGCAGUGAAAGGCGUAAUCACUUUCAAACAAGAUACUGCUAAAAAAACUGUGACCGUAACUGGAAGUAUAAGUGGUUUGAAGCCAGGUCAACAUGGAUUCCACGUACAUGCAUUUGGUGAUAACUCAGAUGGUUGUACAAGUGCAGGUCCUCACUAUAACCCAGAUAAUGUUGAUCAUGCUGGACCUACUGAUGAAAAGAGACAUGUUGGUGAUUUAGGUAAUGUGACAGCUGAUGAGAAUGGAUGUUGUAAUGUAAACAUUACAGACAGUGUGAUCAGUCUUACAGGGGAAAGAUCUAUCAUUGGUAGAACACUUGUCGUUCACGCUGAUGUUGAUGAUCUUGGUAAAGGUGGUCACGAGUUGUCAAAGACGACUGGAAAUGCUGGAGGAAGACUAGCAUGUGGUGUUAUUGGAAUUGCCAAGGAAUAAAUGACACUAUGUCAGGGAUAGCAUACAGACAAUGCAAAUUUCAAGUGCUUAUAUUGAUACACCUUUUGAAGUUUUAAUAUAUGUACUAUAAUCUAUUCCAUCACAAAAUUAAGAAUUCCUUUGCCUUUGUAUUAUGUAUGAGAAUGAUUUAGAAUGAUUUUGAUCAAAGCUUCUUAAAGCGAUAAUCUUAAAUUCUGAGAAAAUUAGUAAAAUUAUUAUAGUUCCUUCCAAAUUUUAAGUAUUCUCGUACCUAUAUGUGUUAAAAUUGCUAGAAAAAUAUUGCUACUGUUAUCAGAAUAAGAAGAAAAUAAAUACAUUUUCUAUCACAGUGUGAUUGGUUAUUGAAUUGUUACAGAAUACAUGUUAGAAAUAUGUAAAAUAUUGUAAUGUAAACAUGUUGUUAUAUUUUUGUAUUUCAUUGUAUAUCAAUGUUAAAGUACCAAAUAAUAAAUGAAUAUGUUUCUGAAGAUAUCUAGUUUCUACAAAAAAAAUAUAUAUAUAAAUAAAAAUGUAGGUAUUUAAAAUUACAAGUAACAUUUUUAAAUGCAGAGUUCAUUUAUGUACAUUAUUCUGAGAAUAAAAAUAUUAUUGAUAUCAAAAGAAGAAAACAGAAAAUAUAUUUUAACAAUAUUCAUUAUGUUCUAUGGAAAAAAAAAUCUAUGAAAAAAUUCUUAAUUGUUGUUUGUGUUCAAUGACGUGUAUUUUGAUAUCCAAGUCAGGCUAUUAUAUAUAUGGCAGCUGUCUUCUCCAGAGAUAUUCCAAUGACCUCCCCCGUAAAUGUAUCAAAAAUAUCAAUUAUAAUCAGUUAAAUGAGCGACUGUAUGAUGGAAACUAUGUAUAUAUAUUUAAUUAUGGUGUAUGUUUGAUUAAAUCAUUGAGUGAUGUUCUUGAUUUCUUUGCUGUAAUUAUGGAAUGUGAUUUUGUAUUUGUGCACUAAUUAUGUAUCUGUUAUCAAAAUAGAUUAGUCAGAAGUACUGCUAACAA